CAUGUGCAUAGAUCUAAAUGAAGUUACUACCAGAUCUUAUCCCCAAAGGUUGGAGCGUCUGUCUCAUCUACUCCAUGGCAAGAAUAGUAGCUUUCCCAUGACGAUUGCUCUCCAUGCUCCACGUGGUCCUGCUGAAGGAGCAGAGCAGUUUACGGGGCUGAGACCGACGACAGUGAGAGCAGGAUGGGCUUCUCCUUCUUCGCCUCUCGUGCCGCCGCCCGGUUCUUGGAGGACAUCAGGCGCCCCGCCGGCGUCUCCACCGCCGCGCUUCUUCUCACAGCAGCCAGCGGCGGAGGUAUUGUGGCGUAUGCCGAUUCCUCCAGGCCAGAGGAGGCCUCAGGGCCACCGCAGCAGGAUGUCCCCAGGAAGAAGAAGGUGGUGGUUCUUGGCACUGGCUGGGGCGGCACCUCUUUCCUCAAGAACCUCGACUGCUCCCGCUACGAUGUCAAGGUCAUAUCGCCUCGCAACUACUUCGCGUUUACGCCUCUGCUCCCGAGCGUCACGUGUGGGACCGUGGAGGCACGCAGCAUCGUCGAACCGAUACGGAGGAUGUUCGAGAAGAAAAAUAAAGAUGUUUCAUAUUACGAAGCCGAGUGCUUAAAGAUUGACGCGACAAAGAAGGCUGUGCACUGUCGUUCUGCUGUCGGAACCAAUUUGGAUGGGAAUGGCGAUUUCGAGGUUGAUUAUGAUUAUUUAGUAGUUGCUCUUGGAGCUACUGUAAAUACAUUCAACACUCCCGGCGUGAUGGAGCAUUGCCACUUUUUGAAGGAAGUGGAGGAUGCCCAAAAGAUUCGGAAGAGUGUGCUGGACUGCUUUGAAAAGGCAUCACUUCCUAACAUUAGUGAAGAGGAGAAAAGGAAGAUCCUUCACUUUGUGGUUAUUGGCGGUGGACCUACUGGGGUCGAAUUUACUGCAGAGUUGCAUGAUUUUCUUGUUGAAGAUCUCGUGAAGAUAUAUCCUGCAAUUCAGGAAUUUGUCAAGAUAACAAUUAUUCAAUCAGGAGAACAUAUAUUGAAUACAUUUGACGAAAGGAUAGCUGCGUUUGCUGAAACAAAGUUUCAGAGAGAUGGCAUUGAGGUGAAUACAGGAUUCAGAGUGUUAAAGGUCUCUGAUGAUUUUAUUACAGUGAAAAACAAAUCAACUGGUGGUGAAAUAUUGGUCCCGUAUGGGAUGGCUAUUUGGUCUGCUGGUAUUGGUACGCGUCCUGUCAUUACGGACUUCAUGAAUCAAGUUGGUCAGGCUAAACGGCGUGCCUUGGCAACUAAUGAAUGGUUAAGAGUUCGUGAGACUGAUGGUGUCUAUGCAAUUGGAGACUGUUCUUCAAUAAGUCAGAGAAAAAUAAUGGAGGACAUUUCGACAAUAUUUAAAGUAGCAGAUAAGGAUAACUCUGGCACUUUGACACUGAAAGAAAUAUCUGAUAUUUUAGAAGAUAUUUGUAUAAGAUACCCUCAAGUAGAACUCUAUAUGAAAAGUAUGCACAUGCUUGACAUUGCGGAUUUGAUAGCAAGUGGCGUAGGUGAUUCCCACAAAGAGUCGAUGGUCGUUGACAUAGAGGAGUUCAAAAAGGCUCUGUGCCAUGUCGACUCCCAAGUUAAAACCGUUCCGGCGACAGCUCAGGUCGCUGCACAACAAGGAUACUAUCUUGCUGACUGUUUUAACAAAAUGGAUCAUUGCAAAGAGCAUCCAGAAGGUCCGUUGCGCUUGUCAGGGUCGGGAGGAGAUCAUCACAACUUCCGCCCAUUCCGGUACAAGCAUCUUGGGCAAUUCGCGCCCUUGGGUGGAGAGCAAGCUGCUGCCGAGCUCCCGGGCGACUGGGUUUCCAUGGGCCACAGCACUCAGUGGCUAUGGUACUCCGUAUACGCAAGCAAGCAAGUGAGCUGGCGCACAAGGGUGCUGGUGGUAUCUGACUGGACCCGCAGGUUUAUCUUCGGCAGGGACUCGAGCCGGAUCUAGCAGCGUCGAUCCCGAGAUGCGAUGCAAUGCAAUGCAGCAAGGCCCUCUCUGUACAGGCAAACGCUACGCUGGCUCUAACUUGUUCCUUUCCUGUCCUGCCAACGAAGCUGUGAUCCUUCUCUGCAUGUGAUUCUUCUCUGAAUGUGGCUGAACGAAUUGACCAAGUGUCACUUUGGCAGCCACGGGUCAUGUGCAUUUCGCGCGAAACUGGUGCUGGGCUGGGCAAAUUGAUUUUUUUAGCAUGUUGGUAAAUGUAUAAAAUAUGUGUGAACUUCCAUA